AUGGCAGCCACCGUGGGAAACCUGCACUGGCUCCAGGAAUGUCUGCAGAAAGCUGAGUCGCCCAACCAAGCCGAUAUCAAUGGCUUCUCAGCCAUCCAUCUAGCAGCUCUACACGGCCGGCUGGAGUGUCUGAAACUGGUAGUCGAAAAGUUUGAGGUUGAUGUGAACUUGGCCAGUCUGACAGGAUGGACACCCAUUCACCUGGUGAUGAACAAGGAGAGUGGCCCCAGGGCACUGGAGUGUUUGCAGUACCUCAUUGGAAAGGGGGCAGACAUCAAUAUUCAGAACCAGGGCGGAACGUCGCCACUUCACAAGGCAGCCAGUGAAGGACGCCUCAACUGCAUCAUUGAACUGGUCAAGGCUGGAGCUGAUGUCCAUGCCAAGGACGCAGAGGGGCAGCAGCCCAUUGACCUCUGCAGGAUAUGGGCCCACAGGAGCUGUGCUAGGUACCUGAGUGAUGCCAUGUGGAAAAUAGACAAGUGCAAUUUUGCACGUGAAAUGCAGAAGCUGAACCAAAUCAAAAGUAAAUGUCAGCGCUCUGAACAAAACUUCUGGAAGCUAGAGAAGGUAAGAUCACCACAGCUUUAUGAGCGAGUUAAAUCAUUCUGUGUGUGUUUAUUACAGAGGGAGCAGGAAUUGUUGAAUACAGUGGCAUUUUCUAACUGGCUUAGAGAGAAGCAGCAACAGCAGUUGCCUGGCUCUGCUAAAAGGAUGCAUUUUCCCGAGGACAGAGCGAAGCUGGAUGCUGUCCCCAAGAAGGAAGUGGCUAAAGUACCUCCUGGAGAACAAAAAAUCAGCGUACAGGCCAAGCGUAGGGCUAAGGUUAAAGGGGAACCUAAUUUAUCUGCCACUGCUCAAGCCCCCACUACGAAAUCACAGCGAGCUUGGAAUGGCAGCGUCAAUCCAUCCUCUCCUCUGGUGACAAACAUAUUCCGACCUACAACAGUCCGGCUGGGCACCAACCCUGAGGCCUGUGGGGAUCACGACUUCGGCUCCUUCUUGUUUCUCUCCAAGGACUCGCAGGGCCAGCCAGUGAUCGAAAUGGCUUACAAUGGCAGACUCUCCCCCGUCCCCAACCUGCCCUAUGAAGUGAUCGAGAGGAGCCUGUUCCCCCAUGCUCGGCCCAUCAGAGUAACGAUGCCGCAGGGAUUUAAACCCACGCACAUCUUCGAUGUGAAAAGGAAGCGGCUCCCGAGCCUGGAGCACCGGUGGACAGACGAAAUAGCUGUGAGUUUGCGGGAAACCCUGGACCCAGCAUUCAGAGCUACGCUAAAGGCUCACCUCUCUGCAAUCAACCACAGCAGCUAGAACUUCCAUCUGCAAAACCAGGGCUUCAUCCUGCGAGGCGCUGAGCCCACUCCAACUCCCACUGAUUUCAGUGAAGAGCAGAGGGUGCUCAGCGCCUCAAUGGAUCAGCCCUCAUACGGAUACCCUCCCCCCACUUCCAUGCUGCCUUUUUCUGACUCUUGGCUUUUGAAUAUUCAGCUUAAAAUGGCUUUGACUGGCAUAACCCAGCUAUGUGACUUCCUGAGCUGGAGCAGGUAAGCAGUCGGUAUCACUAACACCUGAAGUGCCUUAUGAUCGUAAGAGAACUAGCCAGGAAAACACUAGCUCAAAGAUAUCAGCCAUUUAAACUAGGACAUGCAUUAAACCUACCGCUCUUCUGUGCUAAAGCCUUGUGUCCUUGCUCACCAAUACAACCGAAUUCCGGGUGUUUUGGGAUUACUGGGCUGAUGUCUCCAGAACCUCGCUUCUUCCACCAGACCAGUAACGACACCACAGCAGCACAGAACCUGAUGGGGAGGACAGAGUGCCAAGGAUUUUCUGCCCAACAAAUUCCGAGCUCUCCUACAGAGCCCAAGACCCACAUGCUCUCUCUGCUUCUUGGCACCAUGCUGGCAGUGGGGUAUGGACCCUGGCUAAACUUUCCCUCCCUGCUAUAAAAAGAUAUGCUCAGACGCAGUUCACAGCAAGGGUAAAAGAUCAGGCUGGAUUGAACCGAAAACAUGGAAGGCAAAGCCUAUGCUGCCUUCCUUCGGAGUAUCCAUCGUACCCAUGGAUUAAAGAGAGCCCACGCAGACCUGGGCCCCUAUUUCUCUGCAUUUCUUUGGUGUCACAACCUCAGGUUUCAUUUUCAAUCGUAGUCUCUAGCCCUUCUGGGUGCCAGCUGUGAGCUGAUGCGGCACUGCCCGCCAGAGGUGGCAAACAGUUUGAAGCAGAGCUGGCAGCUGCACCGUUUGUCUCCACACAGUAUUAACUCUGAAACCUACCACUCACAUCUCUGCAUUGUUAAUCUUAAACAUAUUGCAAAAACAUCCAACUGAGGUGCCUAAUCCAAGGGUGGUUUUUUUAAUACAGUGGCAGAUAUUAGGGGGACAAUCAUAGGAUUGUAGGAGUGGAAGGGACCUCGAGGGGUCACGGCAGGACUAAGUACUAUGUAGAUCGGUGGUGGACAACCUGCGGCCUGCCAGAGUAAUCCGCUGGCAGCCGCAAGUUUUAAAUUGACUGUCCGCAGGCAUGGCCAUCCGUAGCUCCCAGUGGCCGCGGUUUGCCGUUCCCAGCCAAUGGGAGCUGUGGAAAGUGGCAUAGGCCGCAGGGACAUGCUGGCCUCCGCUUUCAGCAGCUCCCAUUGGCCAGGAACGGCAAACCGCAGCCACUGGGAGCUAUGGGCGGCCAUGCCUGUGGAUGAACAAUGUAAACAAACUUCUUGCGGCCCACCAGCAAUUACCCUGAUGGGCUGGGUGCAGCCUGCUGGCCGAGACUACCAACCCCUGAUGUAGCUCAUCCCUGACAGGUGUUUAUCUAACCUGCUGAUAAAACCUGCAAUGGCAGAGAUUCCACAACCUCCCUCGGCAAUUUAUUCUAGGAUGCCAAGGUGAAUAAAAUUCAAGCACCACUGCACCUCCCAAAAUAUGUUAUAUCAGCCCCCGCCCCACAGAAGGGAGGGGGAAAGAGGGAGAUCCUACAGAACUACGCUCAUGACUGUCCUGGUAACUAUGAUGGUAUAAUCAGGUCCUCACACAGGGGACUUUUCAAAGGGUAGACUGGACAGUUGGGCAAACACAUUAGCCAGUUCUUGGCUUAUCAAAAAAUUAGACAAAGAGUCCCAUCUUUCCUCCACCAUGUACUUCCCUGCAAGCUGAACCUAGCCUCUGUAGUAAGAUCCCUACAGCAGCUUCAUCCAAAUUAAACAUGGAUGUUAUUGAAUAAAUAUGAAAAAUAGUCGGCAAAUUGGAGAUGGGUAACCUGAGGCAUGGAGUACAUGUCUUGCUCAAGCCCCCUGAGUCAGUCAGAACCCGGGAGUUCAUGCCGGGUCCUGUAGAGGCGCUUCCUCAUUUUCUCCUCAGUGUUUAAGGUCUGCAUUCGGGUGACAGGGCUGAUUCAUGCAUCGAUUGUGCAGAUUUAACCAUAUAAGUUAAGAGACAGAAACAACUGAAUCAAUGCAACUCCCAAGUGCGGAUGCAGAAUAAAGGGGUUUAUCAGUAUAGCUGAUUCUCGUAAUUAGAUCAGCAACUUUGUAGUGGUCUAACUCCAUCCACUCUAAGGGCUUGCGCUGAUGAAACUGAAUCAGUUUCUAAACCAGUAGUUAAAUCAGCCCAAGAGCUGUACAGCUCAGUCUUAAUUAAGAACCUCAGCCUGCACUCCUCCAUCCCUCUCCUCCUGCAUUUUAGCUGUCUAGGGCCAGGUUUUGCAGGUGGAUCCAUGUGGACAGACCCUGUGCCCACAUGAGCCCAGCUGAAGUCAAUGGACCUUUACACACCAUGCGAAUUCAGCUGCUUGGAUCCAAUUAAUAGAUUUUAAGGAACCAUCAGAUCACCUAAUCUGACCUCCUAAUAACUCGUGCUUGGCUGAAGCAUCUUCCAGAAAGCCUGCAAGCUGGAUUUAGACAUCAAGAGGUGGAGAAUCCACCACUUCCCUUGAGAUUUUAUACUGAAGGUUAAUCACUUUCCCUUCCCCAGUUAGCACCUUACUUCCAAUUGGAAUUUGUCAGGCUUUAACUUCCAGGCAUUGGUUCUUGUU